AUGGGCAUCUAUCUCAGUUUCAGACACCUUCGAGGCGUUGCAACCACUCUGGCGAAACUUCCCAAGGAAUUCCACGCGGACAUUUUGGCGCGUGAGGAGCCAUGCAUCCCUGGCUCGCAAUUGGCAUGCUAUUCGCUCAAGUACCACGAAAUCGACGAGCCCUAUGAUGCCACGAAGAUCAAGGUGUUUGUCGGCUAUCCGGCGGAAAUCCAUGUGCUUGCCAAGAUUCGAGGCGAAAUGGACCCGGAGGACAUGUGUUCCACCUUUCCCUUGUCCGAGGCGCAAUGGACUGAGUUUGCCAGCCAGCUUCCGAAGUAUCUGCACAGUGAGCGCAAAUCCUUUGCCGAUUACUUUUUGUUCUCGUGA